UCUGCUGCUGAACCGGUGAUCAGGGAGUCUGACGGCUGCCUCUCUCCAUCCGCUCACUGUCUGGAGCCUUCUUACCUCACUGAAGAUCACGUUUUUACAGCGUGAACAGGAGGAGGACUAGCAGGAUUUAUCAGUGUGUGUGUGUGUGUGCAUAAAUGCAUCUGUCUGUGUUUGUAUGAGAGCUGUUGAGAGGGACAGAGUGAGAGGGAGAUAGAGGUAAGGAGGUAGGGAGGGAGAGAGAGUAGGCUGUAAGCCUGGCUCUGAUUUGCCCUUGGACUGUACUGUAAGUCUGGCUCUAAUUUGCUCUUUGGACUGUACUGUAAGCCUGGCUCUGAUUCGCCCUUGGACUGUACUGUAAACCUGGCUCUGAUUCGCCCUUGGGCUGUACUGUAAGCCUGGCUCUGAUUCGCCCUUGGACUGUACUGUAAGUCUGGCUCUAAUUUGCUCUUUGGACUGUACUGUAAGCCUGGCUCUGAUUCGCCCUUGGACUGUACUGUAAACCUGGCUCUGAUUCGCCCUUGGGCUGUACUGUAAGCCUGGCUCUGAUUCACCCUUGGACUGUACUGUAAGUCUGGCUCUGAUUGGCUCCUGGGACUACACUGUAAGCCUGGCUCUGAUUCAUCCUUGGGACUACAUUGUAAGCCUGGACCUGAUUCAUCCUUGGGACUAUACUGUAACCUUGUCUCUGAUUGGCUCUUGGACUGUACUGUAAGCCUGGCUCUGAUUGGCUCUUGUGCUAUACUGUAAGCCUGGCUCUGAUUGGCUCUUGGACUGUACUGUAAGCCUGGCUCUUGGGCUGUACUGUAAGCCUGGCUCUGAUUUGCUCUUGGCUGUACUGUAAGUCUGGCUCUGAUUUGCUCUCUCACGGGAAGCCCAUGCUUUGGAGAGGACAGCAGCCAUGCUCUGUGGACUGAAGAAAGAUGUGAAAAAGCACAGCACCGAUGAUGGCUCAUAUUCCAAGACAGGCAAGGAUUCUGGGGGGCCGGACCAUGCCCUGUCGCCACGGAAACACAGCGUCCCAGAACUUCGGGGCGUCACGACCGUGGAGCUGAUGAAGAAGGAGGGGGGCACCCUGGGACUCACCAUCUCUGGGGGGUCUGACAAAGACGGGACGCCGCGUGUGUCCAACCUGCGCCCGGGUGGGCUGGCCGCCAGGAGUGACCAGCUGAACGUGGGAGACUACAUAAAGUCUGUGAACGGUAUUAACCUGUCCAAGCUGCGGCACGAGGAGAUCAUCGGCCUGCUGAGGAACGUGGGCGAGCGCGUGGUGCUCCAGGUGGAGUACGAUCUGCCCCCUGCUGCCACAGACGGGUCCCAGGGUCUCAUCCCAAAGACGGUGGACAUUCGGCUGCAGAAAGAGGGGAAGAGCUUUGGUUUUGUGCUGAGAGGAGGCUCUCAUGAAGAUUGGCAAAGGUCACGCCCCCUAGUGGUGACUUAUGUGAGGCCAGGUGGACCAGCAGACAGAGAGGGCACUCUAAAAGCGGGGGACCGUGUGCUGAGGGUGGAUGGGGUCCCCCUGCACAGUGCCAGCCUGGCUGAUGCUCUGACGGUGCUGGGCCAGUGUGGACAGGAAGCUCUGUUCCACAUCGAGUAUGAUGUCACUGUCCAGGACUCGGUGAGCAGUUCCUCGGGGCCCCUGAUGGUGGCGAUAUCUCGGACCCCAGGGGCAGCGCUGGGGGUCAGCCUGGCGACAGCCACCCACAGGGCCAAGCAGGUGAUCGUCAUCGAGAAGAUCAAACCGGCCAGUGUGGUGGACAGGUGCGGGGCGUUGCGUGUGGGGGACCACCUCCUGUCCAUCGACGGGACGAGCACGGAACACUGCACCCUGCUGGAGGCCAAUCAGCUGCUGGCCAGCACCGGCGACCACGCCCAGCUGGAGAUCCUGCCUGUGCACCAGGUCAGGCUGAGCAGCGUGCCACAGGACACAGUGAGAAUUCAGAAGAGUGACCACCAUCACUGCUGGGACCCCUGUGUACACUACUGCCACGCCCCACAUCCUGGAAAUUGCAAGACACCUGCAUGGACCUCUGCCGGCAACAUCCCCGGCAACAUCCCUGGCAACCAGGACUGCUGCAAGUCCCUGGUUUCCAGCAGCUUCUCUCCAGCCUCCACCAGCGCCUCGGGUCCGACCACCCAGAGCCCCUCCACCCUGCCCCGCCCCCCUCACCCCUCUACCCUGCCCCGCCCCCCGAUCCCCCCCAGCCCCCGUCACGCCCCCGCCAAGAGGAGGCACAAGAAGAAGGAGCACAGGAGCUCAUUGUCUCUGGCCUCCAGUAUUGUGGGUUUGGGGGGGCAGGUGGUUCACCCCGAGACGGCGGAGGUUACCCUGCGGGGGGACCCCCUCAGCGGGUUUGGGCUGGUGCUGCAGGGGGGCGUGUUCGCCACAGAGAGCCUGGCUGCCCCCCCUCUGAUCCGCUUCAUCGAGCCGGACAGCCCGGCAGAGAGGUGUGGCCUGCUGCAGGUGGGGGACCGCCUCCUGUCAAUCAACGGAAUCCCCACUGAUGACGGAACCCUGGAGGAGGCCAAUCAGCUGCUGCGGAACGCCGCUCUCACCAAGAAGGUCACGCUGGAGGUGGAGUUUGAUGUGGCAGAAUCGGUGGUUCCCAGCAGUGGUACAUUCCAUGUGAAGCUGCCCAAGAAAAAAGGGGUGGAGCUUGGAAUCGUCAUCAGUGCAAGCAAGAGGAAAGGAGAGGCACUCAUCAUAUCUGACAUCAGGAAAGGGAGCAUAGCUCACAGGACGGGCACGCUGGAGCCGGGGGACCGGCUCUUGGCGAUUGACAGCGUGCGCUUGGAGAACUGCUCCAUGGAGGACGCGGUGCAGAUCCUACAGCAGACUGAGGACCUGGUCAAACUGAAGAUCCAGAAAGACGAGGACAACUCCGAUGACCCGGAGCUCUCAGGCUGCAUCAUCUACACGGUGGAGCUGAGGAGGUACGGGGGCCCGCUGGGCAUCACCAUCUCCGGCACCGAGGAGCCCUUCGACCCCAUCGUCAUCUCCGGCCUGACCCGCCGGGGCGUGGCCGAGAGGACUGGAGCCAUACACGUGGGCGACUGCAUCCUGGCCAUCAACAGCGUGAGUCUGAAGGGGAAGCCGCUGAGCGAGGCCAUCCACCUGCUGCAGGCGGCCGGGGAGACCGUCACACUCAGGAUCAAGAAGCAGACUGACAUCUCAGAAAAAGGAGGCAGGAAGUUGCCGGGUCUGUCGUCCGAGCUGAGCGACCGCGAGGAUGAUGUCACGGAGUUCCCCAAAACGGACAAGCUGUCGGACGCCUACUCCACCGUCCCGAGCCUGGACUCCGCCGCUGAGUCCUGGGACAGCUCCGGGAUCGACGCCGGCUACGGCAGUCAGGGAACAAGCAUCCACCAAGCAGCAGGCCUGCCCAUAAAUCAGCAGGACUGGCGCAGCACCAAGCACAGGAUCAGCUCGCCCCCUGCUGGCCAGAAGAAGACCUACCCCCUCAGUGACGGGGGGUUCAGUGAGGAUGAGUGGGAUAAGCCAUCAGGAUGCACCGGCCGGCCGGCCCGGAACUCGCUGGGGCCCGAUCCGGAUGACGGGUUCUGGAGCCGAGCGCUGGAGGACCUGGAGACCUGCGGCCAGUCCGAGCUCCUGAGGGAGAUCGAGGCCUCGAUUCUCAGCGGGAGCGUGCUCAGUCUGGGUGUGGAGGGGGACCGGUUGAACCAGGAGCCCGUCCGGCCAGAGAGGGCGGGGCGCAGGUCGGACAGGACCUGGGGGUCCCGCCCAAUCGAGGAGGAGGUGCAGGACAUCACGUCCCCCACGCCCCUGGAGCUGCUGAAGGUGACUGUGCUGAAGGACCCAGACUGUGGUGAUUUUGGGUUCAGUAUAUCAGAUGGAUUCCUGGAGAACGGCGUCUACGUCAAUAUGAUUCGCCCUGACGGUCCUGCUGACCGCGCUGGCCUGCAGCCCUACGACCGCAUUCUACAGGUAAAUCACAUUCGAACCCGGGACUUUGACUGCUGCCUGGUCGUGCCCCUCAUCACCGAGUCCGGGAGCAAACUGGAGCUGGUCCUCAGCCGGAAUCCGCUGGUUCAGGCGGUGAUGGGGCAGCCCCUGGACUGCGAGGACCCCUCUGCUACAGGGCACAAUGCCAGCACUGUCCACCUCUGACUGGGAGGUCAAGGGUCAAAGGUCACGUCCACUGACUGUGACGCACACUCACCCCAGGACAGUGCACAGGUGUACCCCCCAUUCCCCUCUCACCCCAGGACAGUGCACAGGUGUUCCCCACCAUUCACCUCUCACCCCAGGACAGUGCACAGGUGUACCCCACCAUUCCCCUCUCACCCCAGGACAGUGCACAGGUGUACCCCACCAUUCACCUCUCACCCCAGUACAGUGCACAGUACGCCAUGGUUUUGUUCAGCUGAACUCCAGAGCCUGCUGCUGUCCUCUGUCACCUUACUGGAUGCUGUCCAGCUCGUUUUUCACCAUUCUUCUCACGGUUAUACUUCACUUUUCAUUUUUACGCACAAGCUCGUUUAGUUCACUGUUUUUCAGUUUUUACGCACAGCACUGGAAAAAUGUUUUCUCCCCAGAUUGUUAGAUUUUGUCGCAGUCUUGCCGUGCGUUAGACGGAUCGGCACGUCACAUCUUUUCCACCCGUUUCACCCCCCCCCCCCCGCACCAUGCGCCGGUCUGCCGCUCCUCCGCUCAGCUUCACGCUCCACAAACAUGGUUUGUUUUGGGAUUUCAUUUAUCUAAUUCAUCUCACACGGGCGCCGGGAAACUUACCUGCUCCUUUUUUUCCGGUUUAUUCCGUCCUGCUGGCUUUCUGUACACUGGGGGUGUUGGGUUGGGGUCUGUCCUGCUGGCUUCCUGUACACUGGGGGCGUUGGGUUGGGGUCCGUCCUGCUGGCUUUCUGUACACUGUGGGUGUUGGGUUGGGGUCCGUCCUGCUGGCUUUCUGUACACUGGGGGCGUUGGGUUGGGGUCCGUUCUGGGCUCAGACUGAAGAGGCCUGUUGAGCUAUCAAGCCAGUCAUGUGACUGCUGGGCACAAGUCAAAGAUCAUGGGAAAUUGCUUUCUUUUCUUUUUUUUUAUUUUU